ACAAUUCACCUAGAAAUCCAGCGUCGGUUCAUGGCCGUCGCUUGUGUUUUGGUUUGUAUUAGUGAACGGAGUGAGCGAGCUGGGAACAGUUUUUCGUGCUUUUAUUCGGUCGCGCUUUUCUAACACAGCGAUAUUUAUGAAAUCUGCGUGAAAAGUGGAGACAUGUUGAUUCCCUGUUUCUCUGAGAGUUGGGGAAAAUAGUCCGCAGUAGAAAACGUUAGCUUGUUACUAGCGCAGUCGUGUCCUAAAUUGAAGCUUAUAGGUAGUUCAAGUGCCCUAGGUAGGUCAUCAGGCGCUAUUAUUGUUAUAGGACAUUAAGGGCACGUAUAAAGGGAGUUAGUAGAGAUUUGGGAUUCGGCCUGAAGGCUCAUCCAUGCCCACCGAACAGGCUUUUUGGAGCUCAAUAAUACCGGAGUGGUUUCUGUUCCCCUCCAGCUGGUCUUUUCUCCCCUUCAUCAUGAUGAUGAUUUUAGUUUUUGCUGCUUUUAUGGUCGCUUUUGUCCUGUUUCUCUACAUGAUCUCCCCUUUAAUCAGCCCCAAACCGCUUCAACUCAACGGGGCCCAUGUUGUGGUGACUGGGGGUAGCAGCGGGAUUGGAAAGUGCAUCGCCAUGGAGUGCUACAAGCAAGGAGCCUUCAUCACCCUGGUGGCUCGGGACGAGGGUAAACUGGUGCAGGCGAAGAAGGAGGUGGAGAAGUGUGCUGUGAACGAUAAGCAGGUGGUGCUGUGCAUCUCAGUGGACGUGUCGAAGGAUUACAGCCAGGUGGAGAGCGUUCUCAAACAGGCUCAGGAGAAGCUUGGGCCGGUGGACAUGCUGGUGAACUGCGCAGGGACGUCUGUUUCGGGGAAGUUCGAGGAGCUCGGCGUCCAACAUUUCCAGCGUCUGAUGGAGGUGAACUACCUGGGCAGUGUGUACGCCACGCGGGCCGUGAUCAGUAACAUGAAGGAGCGGAGGAUGGGCCGUGUGGUGUUCGUGUGUUCCCAGGCCGGGCAGCUCGGACUCUUCGGAUACACUGCCUACUCCGCCUCCAAGUUCGCCCUCCGCGGCCUCGCCGAAGCUCUGCAGAUGGAGGUAAAGCCGUAUAACAUCUACGUCACGAUGUCGUACCCCCCAGACACGGACACGCCGUCUCUGGCUGAGGAGAACAAGAUGAAGCCUUUAGAGACGAAGCUGAUUUCUGAGACGUCUGGAGUCUAUCAGCCUGAGCAGGUGGCUAAAGUCAUCGUUAAAGACGCCGUGCAGGGGAACUUCAGCAGCUCAGUAGGUCCUGAUGGUUACAUGCUGUCUGCACUGACCUGCGGCAUGUCCCCUGUCACGUCCAUCACCGAGGGACUGCAGCAGAUCGUCACUAUGGGUUUGUUCCGCACCAUCGCGCUCUUCUACCUGAGCAGUUUCGACAGCAUCGUACGCCGCUGCAUGAUCCAGAGGGAGCAGAACAAAACGGCGAGCGACAAGACCGAGUAACACGAUUUCUGCCAUCGCUGCUCCACGUCCUCAACACACACACACACACUCACACACACACACACACACACACACACACCUCAAAUUUGUCAACAAGGGCGGAGCUUAAGCUACAUUUGAUCAGCCAAUGAGCCUUUAGUUUACCCAUGAUUAGCGUUUACCUCUCCCUCAGUAACUACAGGACAGUAACUAGCUUGCUAACUUUAACUCAAACCCAGUUAGCAGGCUAACACCUUGUUGAGGUAAAAGCUUUGUACGUUCAGAUAGUUCUCUAACGUCAGCUAGCUGCUACAGUGCGUGACUACAGUUUAGUAAAGUUAGCAGAGCUAGCUAGUUCAUUGUGCAUUGUUGCUGCUAGUGUUAAUCACACAAUGAAAGAGCUAGCCGCAUUUUAAAUGUCUUUAAGUGCACACAGUGUUUGCUAGCAUCAUUAAAAACAUUCGCUUUACCUGACUAGCUUUUUCAAGAGCGAAUAUACCCUGCCCUUGUUUCCUGGCAAGAUUGCUAGCGCUGAUUGCUAGCGAGUGAUACAACUUUCAACCCACUGGUUGGCUUUAGCUCCGCCCCUUAUUAACGUCCGUAAUCGUUUUUUUUUUUUAUUCAUGGAUUAUCUUCGCAGGCGAGGAUAAACAAUUCCUCUGUGUGAUGACGCGCUCACGUUUCUCAUCAACCUCCUAAACUGCGUCUGCCAUCUUGCCUUAUUCACGGUUCCCCGUCCUGUAGGAGACUCGCCGGUUCGAGUACCUCACUAGCCCUUUGCUAACAGAAAGAGCUAGCAUGUUAACCCCGACUUAAGGGGAGAACCAGAUGUUUAGUGUGUGUUUUAGCAUCCAUGCUAGCUGUUAAUUCAGGACGGCGUCACGUGGGCCGAACCUUCUCACUUGGAACAGAGCGUCUCAGUCUUUUAGAGUUAGCUAGUGUUAGUGCUUAAACCACUCAACAUUUAAAGCGACUUCUUUCAGGAAUUAUUUCUCUGAAUUAUCAUUCCGACUACGUAACCUGCUUACCAGCUAGAAAACGCACAUCAAAGCAUAUUUCUAGCAUUUAGCUAGAUAACUGGCUAGCAUGCUGGGGUAGCAUAGCUAUGGUACAAGCAAACAAACUGGACGUUUUCUUUGAAGACUCCACACUCCGUAUAUGUUAGUCAUAUCGGCCAAGCUAGCAUGCUGUCUGGACAGCAUUGCUAACAUUUAAAUUAGCAAAGAAGCCGGCCAAAGAGAUUGAGUGUAGAUCUUCACUGGAUCGAUCGUCAACAGCCAUGCCAUACUGGCUUGCUAACCCGUUAGCUAGCUGGCCGGUCAGUUAUUAGCAUAUUAGUAACUAGCAUAAAAACCAGCUUGGUAGCUGGACCAAAUAAAUUUUACCAGUUAAAACGAGCAAACAGUAGACGCCGCCACACAGAAUCUCUUCUUCAGCUACGCUUUUUUCUGAAUUCGGGGCGCCUCAAGUAUGAAAGUGAGGACGCGUGAGUUGUCAUAGCGACGAUGUUCUCAUUUGAUGUUAGCUCCAGGCUAAUUAGCUCUUGUUCCGGUCCACACUAGCGCAGUGUAGCUAGCGAACGAGUUAUCCCACGACAAUCAGCAUUCGCGCCAUUCCUAGCGUACACGCGCCUGAGGACCUCGAAGGAGGCUGCGCAGGUGGGUGUCGCCCAGACCACUCCCCCAAACCCCGCCCCAUGAUGUCGGUUACCGCGGUUACCGCGCGCCUACUCGAGCAACGAUCUUUCGUUUCCAUUUUACAGCUAUGCAAAGGAAGCAUGUGCAUCAGAGCCACCCGAGUUUCACCCACGUGCUGGACUUCGCUCUUUUCUCUCCUGGUCCCGUCUUUAGGUUCGUUUUAAUUUAAUUUAACGCUAAUUUAAAAAAGAAAACCAGCUUGGAAACAUUCCACUCGUCGUCUCGUUGUUUCUUUAACAAACUUGUAAAAAUAAGACAUAAUUUACACGUGUGCCAUAAAACUGUUGCUUAGUGUUGAUUUCUAACUUCAUCCAAUAAAAUGUUGGAGAGUUGCUUCCAUUA